AUGUCCAAGUUUUACUUAUCUGAUUGUCAUUCUGAUUGUUCAUGUAAAAAUAGAAUUGAUGACAAUGUUAUUAUAUUAACAGAAGAAGAAAAAUUAAGAGUUAAAAGAUUGAAUUAUUAUAAAUUUCUUGAUUCUUUAUGUUUAAAAGCAAAAGAUGCUAUUGAUGAUUAUUUACAUGAUUCUGAAUCUUAUGGAUUAAAUGAAUUUCAAAUUGAUGAAAGGAUUAAAAGUUAUUUAAAGAUUAUUAAAAAGGCAAUUGAAGGUGAAUUGGAGCAAUAA